AUGUCAUCGCCGUACUUGACAGGAGGCAGGUUAAACGUUGGCCUUAUUCAAGAACAAGCCAGGAAACAGUUACUUUGUUUGCUGGAGAAAUGCGAUGGUUCGAAGGCUAUUAUAUGGGAUCAGUCAUUGGCUGGACCAAUUGGUCUUGUGGCAAAAUAUAAUUUGUUAGAAGAAUACGGUGUUGUGAAAAUGUAUCCGUUAUAUGGUGGAACUUUGACAAUACCAUCAAACAUUGCUAACAUCAUAUUUAUAUCGAGACCACAAUUAGAGCUUAUGGACUUAAUAGCAGAGAAUAUUCGUGGAGAGGAAGAUAAAAAGCCACGUAAAGAAUUCCACUUAUUUUUUGUGCCGCGUAAGAGUCUACUUUGCCAAAAGAAGCUUCAGAAUCGUGGUGUAUUUGGCAAUUUUACACUGAUAGAAGAAUUUAAAUGCGACCUCUUCCCAUUCGACAAUGACUUACUGUCGAUGGAGCUGAGUAAUUCUUUCAAAGAAUUUUACUUGGAAAACGAUCCUACUUGUUUAUAUCAAGUCGCACAGGCUAUACAAGGUUUGCAGAGAUUGUAUGGAAAAAUUGUGAAAGUCACGGGGAGAGGACCAGCUGCUAGCAAAGUUUGGGAAUUACUAGAGAGAUUAAACAGAGAAGAAGAAGACACAUUAAAUAAGAUAAGGGCUGUCUCCUCCGUUGCCAUUGAACAUUUGUUACUAUUGGAUCGAUCUGUGGAUUUACUUUCACCUUUGGUCACACAGUUGACUUACGAAGGUUUAAUCGAUGAGAUAUUUGGAAUAAAAUACAAUACCGUGCAAUUGCCUGCAAGAAAGUUCCACGAUUCCGACGAUUCUCCCACAGCGAUGUCGUUAAAUGAGAAAGAACAAAUCAUAUUGAAUUCAGGGGAAGAACUUUUCGCUGAAAUUAGAGACAAAAAUUUCAAUGGUGUCGGGCCAGUUCUCAGUAGGAAAGCCAAAGUAAUAUCGUCCCAAUUUGACGAAAGGCACGGGGACAAGAGUGUGCAAGAAAUCAAACAGUUUGUCGCAAGGCUACCGCAUAUGCUAGCCACCAAGCAGUCUUUGGCAAGGCACACUACGAUCGCGGAGAUGAUAAAGGAAGUCACAGAUUCGAGCAGCUUCUUGGAAUCGCUGCAAGUCGAGCAAGAACUGUUAAAUUGCAUCGACACGGACAAACCGAAUGCUUACAUCGAGGACAUGAUAGCGCAGCAACAGCCGUUGCUGAAAGUUUUACGUCUUCUUUGCAUACAGUCGUUGACGAAUUCCGGUUUAAAACCGAAGCUGCUGGAUUAUUACAAGAGGGAGAUAAUACACACUUACGGAUUCCAGCAUCUGCCGACUAUAUUAAAUUUGGAAAAAGCCGGAUUGCUGAAGCAGCAACAGUCGGUGCGGCAAUACGCGGUUCUGAGGAAGGCGUUGAGGCUCACAGUCGAGGACGAAAGUGAAAUAACGCCGAAAGACAUCAGUUACGUACACUCCAUAUACGCGCCACUAAGUGUGAGAUUAGCGGAGCAACUGGUGCAACCGAGUGGGUGGCAAGGAUUAAACGACAUGAUGGGAUUAUUGCCAGGCCCUACCGUGAGCAGUGUUCCGUAUAACGCACAACCCUCAUUAGUGAGGCGAAACUCGAUCACUAGCGAAGACUCUAGUUCUGAACCGCCGAAGUUGAUUAUGGUAUUUUUUAUUGGAGGAUGUACAUUCGCUGAAAUAUCCGCCCUUCGAUUUCUGUCGCAACAAGAAGAUUUGAACGUCGAAUUUGUCGUGGGGACCACUAGACUGAUCAACGGUGAUACGUUCCUCACUUCUCUGAUGGAGGAUCUAGAACAGACGUGAUGAGGAAAUUAUAUAUUUCCAAAUACCAA